CAUGAGCCUCAGGAACAGAGCUGAAAGAAGCCCUAAAGGAAAUAGCCAGGAGAAAAAGCAGAAGUUGGAGGCCUGGGGACUGGCCCAACCCAGAGGGGCCCCAGGUCCACCAUUGUCUUGGCGUGGCAGCCCUGAAGGGGGAAAAAUGAGCCCUUGGGCCCUGGCUGUGUGGCUGCCUUUGAAUCUGCUGCUUCUCUGGCUCCCAGGCUGUUGUCUUCUGAGAGGCCCCAGCAGAGUGACAGGCACCCAGGGCGGAUCCCUGAGCCUGCAGUUCUGGUAUGAGGAGAAAUACAAGACAUAUAACAAAUACUGGUGCAGAAGCUUACGUGUGCUAGGACGAUGUCGGAAUACUGUGGACACCAAAGACUCAGAGAGAGAAGUGAGCAGAGGCAGAAUGUCCAUCAGUGACCAUCCUGAGGACCUCACCUUCACUGUGACCUUGAAGAACCUCUCUCUGGAGGACACAGGCUCUUACUGGUGUGGGAUUGGUACACCCUGGCAUGAAGGACCGGAUGACUACUUCCGGGUUGCUGUGUCUGUGCUCCCAGGUGAGUCCCUCUCCUACCAGCACUGGGGCUGCCACAGAGGCUCAGCCUCCAGUUCCAAGAACAACAGGAGCACCCUGGAGCCUCCCACCCUGAGGCCUCCCACCCUGGAGCCUCCACCAAAGGGGUCAGGCACCACAAGGAAGGCCAUGCCAAGCCCCAGCCCACAGCCUGGGUCCCUGCUGAGCAGCGUCCACUUCCUGCUGUUGGUUUUUCUGAAGCUGCCCCUGCUGCUGGGCAUGCUCAGUGCGGUCCUCUGGGUGAACAGGCCUCUGAAGAUCCCAAAGCAGCAGGUGGAGUAAACCGGAUUAUGAGCACCAGUGACAUCUGUGGCAGCUACGUGGCCCCUUGAGGAUAGAGACCACCUUCUAACCAGCAGAUCUGUGCUUCCUUCACAAUACUCUACACCUUCCAGAAAUAUCUGGGAAAUGUCUUCUUGUGUUAUAUCAAAUAUAUAAAAGAAUAUG